AGUUGGAAGGAAGUAAUGCUGCGUUCAGGGAAGCGUACUCAGUAUAAAGCCUGGUUUCCAUCCUCUGUUUUUUUAGUGCCACAAUUCGUCCCUAAAACCUGUGGAGUAAAACGAGAGGAGCGUUGAGCACACAUAGGGUGCCUUCCCCCUAUGAAGUAGCUGUAGUCCUGUACUUUUCAAUAUAGAUGUAUUAGGAGGAUGUUGGGGAAAUCUAAAUAAAUCUUUAUAGUUUCUUAUAUGUGCCUUUGUGAUAUAAAAUCAAACCUGAAGGGUCCUUGCUCCUUUUGUCCAGAAAGAACCAGAAUUCCCAGCCAGGGUUCUUUUUUCCCCCGAAGCUUUAUUAGUAAUCUGUUUCUUUAAGAGACUGAGACUCUCCACUGUCCUGAGCCUGCUGCUAUAUUUAUUUGCAAAGUUAAGCUUGUUACAUUGUUAGCAUUUCACUGCAUUGAGGUUUUUAUUUUUAUCUGAAGGACUGCAACAAACAGCCCUGACUAGUUUUCUUGCAAGUCAAUACCCACAGCCCAAACCCUGUUAUGAUUCAUGCGCCUUUCUCUAUGCUAUAUCAAUACUCUAAUCACUAAUAUUUACUGUACCACUAUGUCAUGUCAUCUCUGCAUUUUCUUCACAUUGUUUUGUUCAUGAAUAAAUUAUCUGUUGGCAUGUACCUAUUCUUUCCUCAUCAUCUGCCCUGUUCCUGUGUAUAUGAUUAGAAACCUAUAAAACACUCUGCAUAUGUUCUGGAAACUUGUAGCUGGUUUGUGCACCUCUACCCCACUGCGCUGUUGUAGGUUUGUCUCAGCAGAGGGGUUUUUCCUGCCUGUUCUCACCAAUAAAACUGCUGAGUUUCCUAAUGUAGAAACUGCCUGGAUCCCUGUGGAUCCAAGCAUUCUCAUCAGCUGGCAAGGACCCCAUUUCUCUCCACCACACUGUAGUCAGGAUAGAUACAGUGAUUCAAAUCCCUACUUUAUCCAUCAGCAUGCAUUAAGGUGUAUACAGCUCUGGCUAACCCAGUACAAUACUGGCUGCACCAGCUGUGACAACAUUUGCUGAGAACUCAAGAGGUCUCCUGAGAAAGCGCUUUUUACAGGAGCUGCUAGUAUUGAGCUUGGACCUGCUUGCAUUCGAGAGCUGUUCUGCAUUUAACCCCUUGCCACUGAAGACGGGAAAAAUGCAAAACUGAAAAGUCCUGUAUUACUUCGAUUAUAAAUACAAAUGCAUUCCUACUGGCAUUUUACUACAGGAAGUAACAUUAAAUGUGUCCCUGUUCUGUAAGAUUCAUCACUGGGCAAUUAAAGAUGUGGUUUGCUGCUGCAUCUUCCAGUACUAGAUUUUACUGCUUUUUCCCUUGGAUGCUUGAAACAGUGUGGGUGGUUCAGGAGAACCAUCUUCAGCCUAGAUGCUUCAGAUGUCUUGAAAAUCUAAAUCAACAUAAAGGAAAGAGUAUCUUUUUAAAGACAGUUUUGCCUCUUCCCCAUACUCCUUUAGUUGAUAGAGCAGAAUAUAACUAUUACUUUUAGUUUCAGCCUAUGAACAAAGUACAAAGAAUAGUGUUAGUUAACUCUGCAUUGAAAUGACGUUGCUGAACCAAGCUGAAAUAUGGACAUCAGGAACAAUUAGUCAUGGUUGAACUGUCAGGUAUAAUUGAUUCAGACUUCCUGGAAAAAUGUGAGAACAAAUGCAAAAUUUUGGGAAUAGACACGGAGAGGCCGAUUUUGCAAGUGAACAGAUAUGUCUUUACUGGGGAAUAUGAAGAUACCCUUGGCACCUGCAUUGUAUUUGAAGAAAACAAAGAUCAUGAUGUGGAAGGCAAUCAAAAAUUACAGCUAAAAUAUAAAUACCACACUAUGAAGAAGCUGAACAUGACAAGGACACUUCUGACUGAGAAAAAAGAAGGAGAAGAGAACACAGGUGGUGGUGUGGAGUGGCUAGAGCUUAAGGAAAAAGACUUCUCAUACAGCAGACCAAACAUGAUUUGCAACUUCCUGUAUGAAAAAGAAGAAGAAACAGCUGAGCCCCAGGACAAACUUGUAGAAGAUGCUGAUGGGGAAGCCAGUGACAAAGGAACUGUUGAUAACAAUUUUGAACCUGAGAUGCAGCCUAGUAUUGAAAAGAGUGACUCUGUCUCUGUUCUAGACAACAUGGGUGUCGAGGCAGUAGAAUCUUCUCCAGUGAAUAGUCAGGAUGUUGCCCCAGAGGAUCCUUCACAUGGAUGUAGCUGAGAGGUCAUGUUUAACUGAGCCAACUAAUAUAGUUUAUUGACAUUUUAGUGGAUGUUGACAGUUCUUAUCAAUCUGGUGCCUCCCAGUUGUGUUGAAUAAUUCCUAUCAUCCCCAGCCAGCAUAGGCCAGGAGGGAACUGCUAUUCAAAGGGAAAAUAUUCCUCAGAGUUAAUUGUAAGCACUUAGACAUGUCAUGAAGGCUCCCUAGAUUAUGGCCUUUGUUUAGCAACCACCUUUCCUGAUGUGCUCCUGCUGCCUCAGAAUUGGAAGAGCAGAAGGCGAUACCUAAGGAACAAAUCAUGUCAGAAACCCUUUCCUGAUUUUUCUGAACUUUGAAAUUUUUCUUUGUAUAAUUUUGCUUGCACAACAUCUGUUGUAAAAUAAAUACAUACUGUUUUCAAGCAUGA